GUUAGGCUCAGGCCAUGCAGUCUCUAGAUUUCUCUCAUUUGCCUUUCUGACUGGUGUAUGACAGUCACCCAAAAUGGGACUCCUCUCUUAUGUGACGUCCUUCAUCCCUGAUGUCCCCUGGCAUUUCUGGGGCAGUGUUGACUCUCUUCUGCAAGGUUUGGUUGGAGCAUGUGCUGUGUCUGUUCUCAGCAACUUCAUGAGAGUUCAUCUCUAUAUAAUGUGCCUCAAUGACCCUGACAGGCAGAAGCAGGGAGCCCAGCUUCGCUCUCACUCGUGGAUCCCAGACAUGUUGCAUCUGCUGAUCCUCACGCUCUUAUACUCCCUGCUGGGGCCACGUGUUGGGGCUCUGGUUGUCUUGGAGUUUUCCCUCCGUGCCAUCUCAAUGAUUCUUUCUCUCAAUAAGGGCUCGCAGAACUCCCAGCUCUUCCUACUCUGCCAGUUCUCGAUUGGUUGUGGGGUGAGCUGCAGCCUGGAUUACCUGCAUGAAGGUGCCCCACAUCGUACCUGGAACCUGCUGUUGGCUGCUGGACUGUCAGGCCUGAUCGUUUGGCAGAUGAGGAGAAUGGGCCGUCAUGUUGGGAUGAUGUACGAGCUGCACAGCCGUGAACGGUAUUGCGGAGUCUGCCUGUCCCUGUUGGCCUGCUGGCGGGAUAUUCCUGCUGGACUCUGGCGGGCUUUGAAGGUGGCUUUUCUGGUGUCAGACCUGGCGGCUAUAGCAGUGAUAAACCGGGAUUUUCUCAGCACCUCUGAAGCUGUCAGAUUCUGGACCCCUCUCACAAUUUGCUACACACUGCUGGUCAUUUACAUGCAAGAAGAACAGCACCAGAACCCCACAGCGCAGAUGGCGUAUCAGACAGUCUUUGUGCGGAUGGGGGGCCUCUUAAUCCUCAUGAUGACAGUGGGCCGAUGGGCAGACAUUGUGCACAUCUUUAUCUGUCUUCUUGGAGAAAUAUGGUGCUUGGCCUAUGCCGGAGACAUGCUGAACAUCUGCCGGGAACAGGACUUUGCUGAGCGACCAUCAAUGCCCAGGAGAGGGUCUCCUAUCUCCAGAGCACACAGUUAUACACCGCACAAGGAUGUGACUUCAUGAGAGGGACCAGGAGACAGACUGUUACUCGGAAUUGUUUUACAGGGCAGAUAAGAAAAGCCUGAAGUCUUAUGGAUUCUCAGAACCACUGAGGCCCCAGAACUUCUUGUAACUGUGGGGCAGCACGUACUGGUUCUUCAGAUGCUGCUUGCGAUGUUUACAGGGUUCACCAGCACAGGAAUAUAUGUGGCGCCUGUUGUUUUGUAAAUAAUGCACCUUUUAAUAAGCUCCCUUUACAGAAGCAUAUGAUUAACCCCUUGGUUGCCAAAUAGGUCUUAAAACAGCUUUCCAAUGUACUUCUAUAAUCAAUUUUGCUUCAUUCUCUUGGUAUCCUUUGUUGAAUGAGGAGCAAUGCAUUAUUGGCAGCUAGCUAAAUAUAUUGACAAGCCAAUGACAAGAGGCAUAUAUGUGCAGCCACCAAUCAGCAACUAGCUAUCAGCCUCCCUAUAUAUGCUUUUCAACAAAAGAUACCAAGAGAAAAUUUGAUAACAGAAGUAAAUUGGAAACUUGCUUUAAAAAGUGUUUGCUCUAAGUCUAAGUGAGAGAAGAUUUUUGGAUGAUAUUUCCCUUUAAAUCCUUUGAGAUGCGAUGCAAUGCUGCCAUCUGCAGGCAGCCAGGGGGACUUUCAUAUUAAGGCAAUGAAUAGACUUUCACACUAAUGGCCACAGUGUUGUAUAUUCCUAUGUCACGCAACUCCCCCAUCAUUUGUGAAUAUUGUUUAAACUAUAAUAAUUGAAUUUACUCACUUUA